AUGUCUUCGCCUCGCGCCAUCCUCAGCCUGGCUUCUUUGACCCUCCUUCCAUUUUCCGCUGUUGCCCGCAGUGUCGGACCUUUUAUGCUACCAAGACAGGCCAACACAACUAUCUCUGACGGUCUGAUCCACCCUGAGAAACUGUCAUUCAGCGUCGACUGGUUGCAAUCCGCCGAGGGCGACUAUGGCCAUGUCGACGGUUUGCUGGACGGAUUCCAUUACCUGAUGACUCGGGACGGGAAGCCAGGGAACGACCCUAACAGUUGCGGCCGGAUUAGCUGCUCUGCUGAUACCACGAUCCAGUGGUGUAUUAAGGACGCGAACAAUCGCAAAGAACUUGACUCCUACCAAGUCACUGCGCGAGCGGUCAUGGAGAUCUUCAAACAAAAGUCCUGUUGGCAGAGCUUCGACGGUGACAACUACAUGGAUGCCUGGAUCAAGGGGGAGGCUCACGUCGAAGGCUCACGUCGAUGGCCAGGAUUGGAGUGUCAAGGUGAUCCACGAGGGGUGUUCAGUGCUGGCGCCUGA